CAAAACCGACCCUCUCCCCGUCUCUUUCCCCCCUCCAUUUUUCUACGGAUUGCCGGCAAAAAGUUCCCCGCUUUAUCCACGGUGAUUUUUCCGCUUGGGCGGUGGCGGUGGGCGGCGACGUGGACGGAUCAGCCCCGCCCCUUUUGCGAUUCCAGGCCCCAAUCUAUCUAUCUACGGGAGGAGGGUGACGUGCCACAUCCGAUAUCCUCCUCUCCUAAAUCCCAAUCAUGGCGUCACCGCGGCAGCUUCGAGCCUUCAACCGAAGACUCCGAAUCCUAUCCAUGUGCCCCCAACGGCCGCGUUUCUCUGCAUUAUUUCGCCACGAGCCAUAGGAUAUACACGAAAUGAAAUACCAAGACAUGUGCUGAUCUGCGCCGCAUUCCGGGGCAGUUAGGCGGCCAGCGAGCGCAGCCGCUCGCUCCACCGGAUCACCAUCGCCGGAUCGACCCCGUCCCUUUCCUGUAACUACCAUGGAUAGUAGUUAAAUCGUUGCCCGAAUUGUUCCUGCCGUGCAAGCAAGCCAUUAUGUCUCCCAUGGGAUAAGCGUGAGUGCGACUGCAGGGGGACUGUUGAGCCCCUGAUCUUUAUUAAGAUUCUUUGCCUCUCUUCCUUAUAAUUCGUUGGGUCUUGAAACAGAUGCUGAGCAUAUGGAUGGGACAUGUUGUGAUCAAAAUGUAGGCAGACACUGCUUGUUUUGGCAGCAUGCGGCGUUGCCAAACGAAAUGGAUAACAAUAGGUUGUCUAUUUUAUUGGAUAAUUGCCGUAGUCAUCACUUGGCACCAUGUCAAUGAUAAACUAUUCUUAAUAUCUUGCGGGGAUCAGAAUGGCGCUUUAGUCUUUAGUAAGAAAAAGGCACCAUCUUGCUAAUAAUGGGGCCUUCCCUCAUCUCCAUGCUGGUAGUUAUGUAGUAAGAACUUGGCACAAUUCUCAGACUGGAGUAGAUUCCGAAUACGCUCCGGCUUAUCUGUGCAGCUUUGAUCCAUGAAUCCUGGAGUCUGAGAUUCUUGCGCACAAGCAAAGGUUUCCUUUGCUUCACUCAUGCCACUUCACAACAGGACGUGUCAAGGAGUUCACUUCUCUUGCUGAUCAAAGGUCCUGCUGACAGAGAUAUUUCAGCCUAUUUGGCCUCCUCAGGAGUUACUUAGCAGAGACGCACGGUGAUGGGCUUUCAAGACAAGUGAAGCUCAUCCUCCAGUUGCCUCCCACACUCACCAACUCGCCGAGGUUUAUAUAUAUCUUAGCAUCCUGUCUGGUACUCAUCCAUGGAAUAAAAGACAUGAGUAGUUAGAGCUUCAAACUCAAGGAAAAACCAUGGGUGUCUUGACUCUGGUUCAUAUCCUUGUCAGCUUUGCUGCCUGUGCCGAGGCCAUACGGAGAGCCGACUUCCCCCCUGGUUUUACCUUUGGGACUGCUUCCUCGGCUUACCAGUACGAGGGUGCUGUCAAUGAGGGUCAGCGUGGACCUACGAUAUGGGAUACUCUCGCAAGUCGACCCGGGCGGGUGAUAGAUUUCAGCAAUGCAGAUGUUGCUGUUGAUCACUACCAUCGUUACAAGGAAGAUGUUGACUUAAUGAAGGAUAUUGGCGUGGAUGCAUACCGGUUCUCUAUCUCAUGGGCACGCAUCUUCCCAAAUGGAACAGGCAAGCCUAAUGAAGAAGGAUUGAGUUACUAUAACAGCCUCAUAGAUGUUCUAUUAGGAAAAGGUAUACAACCAUAUGUAACACUAUUCCAUUGGGACCUUCCACAAGCACUGGAGGAUAAAUAUGGUGGCUGGUUAAACUCGCAAAUCGUGGAGGAUUUUGUUCACUAUGCCUCUACUUGCUUCAAGGAGUUCGGAGAUAGAGUGAAGCACUGGAUCACCGUUAAUGAGCCCCAUAACUUUGCAAUUGAUGGCUAUGAUUUUGGCAUCCAAGCACCUGGGAGGUGUUCCAUUAUAUCUCAUUUGUUCUGCAAGGAGGGUACAUCAUCAACUGAACCCUAUAUUGUGGCUCACAACAUACUCUUAGCUCAUGCUGGUGUUUUUCAUGCUUACAAGCAACAUUUCAAGAAAGAGCAAGGAGGCCUCAUAGGGAUCGCACUUGACUCCAAGUGGUAUGAACCAUUGUCGGAUGUCGAUGAAGACAGAGAAGCAGCAGCACGAGCUAUGGACUUUGAGCUUGGAUGGUUCUUGGAUCCGUUAAUUUUUGGCCGCUACCCAGCUUCUAUGCAGAAACUUGUAGGCGACAGGCUGCCCCAGUUUUCAAACCAGGAAUCACAGUUAGUAUCUGGGUCACUAGAUUUUGUAGGCAUAAACCACUACACGACAUUAUAUGCUAGGAACGACAGGAUGCGGGUAAGGAAACUUGUCAUGAAUGAUGCUUCAACCGAUGCUGCUGUCAUUUCAACUGCUUACAGGCAUGGAAAGAAAAUAGGAGAAACGGCAGCGUCGAAUUGGCUGCACAUAGUUCCCUGGGGCAUGUUCAGCCUGAUGAAACAUGUGAAAGAGAAGUAUGGAAAUCCACCUGUGUUCAUCACUGAAAAUGGUAUGGACGACGCAAACAGCCGGUUUUCAAGGUUGGAAAAUGUCCUGCAGGACGACAAGAGGAUACAGUACCACAACGACUACAUGUCCAACCUCCUAGAUGCUAUAAGGAAGGAAGGGUGCAACAUCCAGGGGUACUUCGUGUGGUCGCUGCUGGACAACUGGGAGUGGAACUCGGGGUACACGGUGCGGUUCGGCCUCUACUACAUCGACUACAACAACAACCUGACGAGGAUACCCAAGGCGUCCGUCGAAUGGUUCACCCAGGUUCUAUCCCAGAACCAGAAGACCGCUGCCGUCAUGUAGAUAACCAACAGCAGUGAUUCUUAAGUCACCAUUCCAAUUGUGCAUAAGUUUUUUUUUUUUUUGAGAGAGAGUAAAUUGUGCAUAGUUAUCAUUUACACGUACGUACAUAAUACUACCUUAGGAGGCAAAAAUGUAACUGGAGAAUUCCCUACACGGGCGUCAGCCACUCAGUCGAACGUGGCACAAUCGUGCUUGUACAUUGAUGUGACAGUCUUACAGAGAUCAUCAACAAGAGAAUUAUACAUUC